AUGGCCAACAUUGCAACCCCCGCCCACUGCGUCGCUGAUUUCUGUCUGGUCCCGAUCGGCACCUCUUCACCCUCAGUCUCAGACCAAGUUGCCGACAUCCAGCGGCUGGUUGAGACGUGCGGCCUGAAGUAUGUCAUGCAUUCCGCAGGCACAACCCUCGAAGGAUCUUGGGACCGGGUUCACCAGGUUAUCGGACAGGCGCAUACGAUUCUUCAUCAGAAGGGGAUUGUUCGAAUUCAUACUGAUAUCCGGGUUGGAACGAGGACUGAUAAAGUGCAGUCCUUUGAGGAUAAGGUCACCAAGGUACAGCAGAUAUUGGGAAACAAGUAG